GUUACUAGGAAAAGAGAUGGAAAUUUAAAUGGAUGAAGAAAACAUUUCUUGUUCGAUCUGUUUGGAUCUACUGAAGGAUCCGGUGACUAUUCCCUGUGGACACAGCUACUGCAUGAACUGUAUCGAAACCCACUUUGAUGAAGAGGACAGGAAGGGAAUCCACAGCUGCCCUCAGUGCAGGAAGACUUUCACACCGAGACUUGUCCUGGAGAAAAACACCAUGUUAGCAGCUUUAGUGGAGCAGCUGAAGAAGACUGGACUCCAAGCUGCUCCAGCUGAUCACUGCUAUGCUGGACCUGAAGAUGUGGCCUGUGAUGUCUGCACUGGGAGGAAGCUGAAAGCCAUCAAGUCCUGUUUAUCUUGUCCAGCCUCUUACUGUGAGAAACACCUCCAACCUCACUAUGAUGUCGCUCCAUUAAAGAAACACAAGCUGGUGGCCCCCUCCAAGAAGCUCCAGGAGAACAUCUGCAUGAUUUCAGAUAUACAAGAGAAAGUGACAAACAUCUCACUGACAGUCACUGAAGAGGAUGUUUUACUGUCACCACCAGAGCCAAAGACCAGAGCUGGAUUCUUAAAAUAUUCAUGUGAAAUCACACUGGAUCCAAACACAGCAAACAGAUAUCUGUUAUUAUCUGAUGGGAACAGAAAAGUAACAAUAGUGAAACAACAACAAUCUUACUCUGAUCAUCCGAACAGAUUCACUGGAUGGCUUCAGGUCUUGAGCACAGAGAGUCUGACUGGACGUUGUUACUGGGAGAUGGAGUGGAGAGGGGAAGGAGUUGGUGUUGCAGUUGCAUACAAGAAUAUCAGCAGAGCAGGGAGCUUAGAUGAAUGUAAACUUGGAUUCAACGACAAAUCUUGGUCUUUACGUUAUGAUUCAAAUGGUUUUCAGUUUUGGCACAACAAAGUCCAAACUGCCCUCUCAGGUCCUCGGUCCUCCAGAGUAGGAGUGUACCUGGAUCACAGAGCAGGUAUUCUGUCUUUCUACAGCGUCUCUGAAACCAUGACUCUCCUCCACAGAGUCCAGACCACAUUCACUCAGCCGCUCUAUGCUGGACUUCGGUUCUUUUAUAAUGACAAUGCCUCUGCAGAGUUCAUUAAACUGAAAUAGACAGAAAUGAUUGAAGGACACUUGGAUAAAACAGGUUUUUCUAGUUUCCACUUUCUUUGGUCUACAUUGUUGUUGCUCAGAGGUCAUUGAUGUGCUGUUUCUUAACCUGCCAGAUCUGCAAAUAAAGUCAUUUUACAUUUGA